GUGCGGAAUCGAGGGGUGGCCGAAAGAGGCUAGAUCCGAAUCGGCCCGUAGGCUUGUUUUCGACCUUCCCGUUCGAUGUUGGCUCGGGUUGAUAGAUCGACGUGAAGAUUGCGGAAACCCGACACGAGAUCACGACAUUGUAUUCCAUAAUAACCAGGAUCUAUCAGAGAAAGGAAGAGCGUCUAUUCGCGCCGUUAUCUCCGACGCUCGAAAUUUUCCAAACCUCCUCAGAUGUCCCGCGCUGAUGACCGGCACGAACAGCAGCAAUGGGAGCAACCAUGCAUCGCCUUUGAUCAGCAGCAACACGACCCAGCAUCACCAGUAUAAUACGUUUUCUACGACAAGGAAUCCUACGGCUCAACAUUCUGAGGGCGAUUCAGGAUCAAAUACAGCAGGCGCUGGAAGCUCAUCAACAAUGGAUCAUCAACACGACGCCUCGACAUCGCCUUCUGGCAAAGACCACGUCGAAGUUGGAGUCAACACCAACCUAUAUAGCAACAGACAUGAUCGUGCCGUCUCGGACGAUAACGAACAUGGCGGCGACUUCCUCACGGAGCUCGAGAAUAGCCGCCUCCAACGCGGUCUUCACCAACGCCACAUUCAGAUGAUAGCCAUUGCCGGCGCCAUCGGAACAGGACUCUUUCUCGGUCUCGGAAGCUCCAUCCAAACGGGAGGACCGCUGGGCGCGCUCCUGGGUUAUGCGACAGUCGGGUUGAUUGUCUGCGCCGUCCAAUUCGCUCUCGGCGAGGUCGCUGCUCUUCUUCCUGUCACAGGGUCUUUUGUGCGACAUGCGGAAUUCCUUGUCGACCCUGCUCUCGGCUUUGCAGUCGGGUGGAACAUCGUGUACGGCAAUUUGCUGUCCGUUCCGGCUGAGAUCAGUGCCAUUUGCGUGCUUUUCCAAUAUUGGACCGAUAUCAAUUCGGCGCUGUUCAUCUGCAUUUUCAUUUUGAUCACUUUCUUGGUAGGCAUCUCGUUUGUCGGCAUCUAUGGCGAGGUAGAGUUUUGGUUUGCCGUAUUGAAGAUUCUUCUUUGCAUCUUUUUGAUCAUUUUCGGACUUGUGGUGGAUCUAGGGGGGGUGCCAGGUGUCGAGCGUAUCGGGUUUAGAUAUUGGAAGAACCCAGGACCGUUUGUUGAACACAUAGCUACUGGGAGAUGGGGCGAGUUCCUGGGUUACUGGUCCGUCAUGACGAGCGCGGUAUUCAGUUUCGCCGGCGUCGAAAGUCUAGCCAUGGCCGCAGCGGAAACGCAAAACCCACGCCGCAACAUCCCAAAAGCAUGCAAAAAGGUUUUCGCGCGAGUCCUAAUGUUCUAUAUCCUUGCCGUCCUCGUCGUCGGCAUGAUUGUCUCUAGCGCCGACCCGCGCCUCGAUGAAUACACCGGGAACGCAGCCAUGUCACCCUUCGUGAUCGUCGCUUCUUCCGCCGGCAUCAAAGCGAUUCCCUCAGUCGUGAAUGCCGUCGUCAUCACAUCCGCCUGGUCCUCCUCCAAUCAGGCCCUUCUCUCCGGGACCCGCGUCCUCUACGGUCUCGCCAUCAAACGUCAAGCCCCCGCCAUUUUUCUGCGUACUACAUCCUGGGGCGUGCCAUACGUAUGCGUAAUCUUCAACACUUGCUUCAUGUUUCUGGCUUUUAUGUCGCUGUCGAGCGGCGCUACUACUGUGUUCUAUUGGCUUGUUGAUCUUACGGCUGCUGGUGUCCUCGUUUCAUGGUCUUGCAUACUGCUUAAUCAUACUCGCCUAUGCGUUGCUAUGCGUAAACAGGGCAUCUCGCGCCGCGAACUCCCGUUCUACAAUUCUUGGACCACCUGGAGUUCGCCGGCCGCGUUGGUCGCAUGUCAGCUCAUUCUUUGGACUGGCGGGUUUUCGGUAUUCACCAAGGGCGGAUGGGAUCCUGCGUCGUUUGUCUCGGCGUAUUUAGAUAUCCCCCUCGUCCUUACUGCUUUCCUCAUCUACAAAUUUGGGAAGAAAACAAAGGUGGUUGAUAUGUCUACGAUCCCCAUUCGCGCUGCUCUUGACCAGAUUGCGCGCGAGCCUGAGGUGGUUACCGAAGCAAGGAAGAAGGGAUGGAGGCGUGCAGUGCGUGUGCUAUGGGAUUGA